AUGGACGUGAUAAAAUUCAAACGAAAGAUAUACAAUUUUUUAGAAAAUGAAAAAUUGCUUGAACUAAAUUGUGAUGAGUGUGAAGAGAAACAAUACUUCUACGAAGAAAAAGGAACAGCAAAAAAGAACUCUAGCAAUAUCUUCAGGUCGAAUAAGUAUACAUUAUGUCAAACUUUUGAGAAAACGGAAGGAUUUUUAGGUAUAGAAAUGUCGACAAAAUAUGACGUAUUCUGUUUUUUCUGUAAAUAUUAUCAUAAUGAACAUUUUUUAGGAGAAAGAAAAAAAGAAAUAAGGGGAAACGAAACAAUUUUGGGAGAAUACACAUUUAAAACAUAUGGAGAAAUAAAAAAUGAAAUAGAAAUUUUUGCAUCUGCUUUGUACCAGUUUGAGAUAAUAAAACCAAAUAUAUUCACAGAUAAUGGAAUAUAUAAGAAUUUAAAAAUUAUAGGAAUUUGGUCUAAAAAUAGAAUAGAAUGGUUAACAACAGAUUAUGCAUGCUCAGCAAUCGAUUUUGUGACAGUCCCCAUAUAUGAUACUAUGGGUAUCAACUCAGUAAAGCAUAUAUUUCAGAAAACGCAAAUGAAAAUUUGUUGCAUUGAAGCGGAAAAAUUGGAAUGUCUUAUCAAGCUAAAAAGUGAAUUAGACAAUCUACAAAUCUUAAUUAUAUAUGAUGAAUGGAGUUUAAAAGAUGAAAUUAAAGAGAGGGCCACUAAAGUAGGGUUUAAGAUAUAUUUUUAUAAAGGCUUAAUUGACAGAUUUAAGAAUCAGAAUAUUAUUCCCCAGUAUGAUUAUUAUGAUCAUGUUUUUCAUACCCAGCAAAAGGAUGAAAACAAAACAAAUUCCAAUAUUAAUAAUGUGAGUGAGAGUAAGGGCCAGAAAACGAACAAAAAAGCGAAUGAAUCGAAGGCAGAUAAAAAUUAUAGUAAUAGUAACGACAGUAACAAUACAUUGAUGGAAAGUUUGAAAUCAAAUAAAGGCAAAAUAACGGAUGUUUGUACGAUCAUUUUCACGUCAGGAUCUUCCGGUACACCCAAAGGUGCCAUGUUGACUCAUAAAACUUUUAUCACUUUUUUACAAAGUUAUAUUAUUGAUGGUAAUAGACUGGGUUUGCUAAAAUAUGAUGUUUUGUUAAGUUAUCUUCCACUAGCUCAUAUAUACGAACGUUUAAUCGAAUUUGCCAUUUCUUUUUUUGGAGCUAAAAUUGGUUACUUCUCGGGAAACAUAAAAGAAUUAGUCAGUGAUAUAAACGAAUUAAAACCAACAUUUUUAAUCACGGUUCCUAGAAUAUUACAAAAAAUUCAUGAUAAUAUUAUGGAAGGCUUAAAAAAUAAAUCAUUUAUUGCCAGAACGUUGGUAAAAACAGCUCUGAAAAAUAAGAAAAAUAUGUAUUUGAAUAAUUCCCAAAAAUUUUCUCAUCCCAUUUAUGAUAUAAUUUUACAACCAGUAAGAAAUCGAUUUGGGGGCCGCAUAAGAACACAAGUUAUGGGUUCUGCAUCUAUGGAUAAAAAUAAACUAAUAGAUUUGCAAAUGCUUUUUUCAGCGCCAAUUGCUGAAGGAUGGGGAAUGACAGAAGUAGGAAUUGGUUUUUUACAACAUAGAUUUGAUAGCACCAAAGGAACAAUCGGAGGAAUGUUUUCUAACAUUACUAUGAAAGUUAUUAAAGUACCAAAUAUGAAAUAUGAUCCAAAGUCCUAUCCAAAUAGAGGAGAAUUAUGUGUUAAAGGAAGUAGUUUAAUGGUUGGAUAUUUCAGAGAUGAAGAACUAACCAAAAAAUCAUUUGACGAAGAUGGAUUUUUUCAAACGGGGGAUGUUGUAGAAGUUAGUGAAAAUAAUACAUACGUUAGAAUUAUUGAUAGAGCAAAAAAUAUUUUUAAAUUAGCACAAGGAGAAUAUAUUGAACCAGAGAAAUUAGAAAAUUUAUAUUGCAAUAGUAUAUACAUAGAAAAUAUAUUUGUCCAUGGUUACAAUUAUGAAAAUGAAUUAGUAUCCGUCAUAGUACCAAACGAAAUUUUUAUUCUUGAUUAUGCUAAAAAAAAUAAUUUAAAUUUAUCCUAUGCAGAAUUGUUAAAAUCGGAUGCUAUUAAAAAACUUUUUCGUGAAGAAAUUUUAAAUAUAUCAAAAACGUAUAAUUUAAAUGGAAUUGAAAAAAUUCACUUAUUUUACUUAACACCCAUUCCUUUUUCAGUAGAAAAUAAGCAACUCACACCAACACAUAAAAUAGUGAGAACUGCUAUCUUAGAAGAUUAUAAAAAAAUUAUUGACGAUUUAUAUCAAUCUAGAAAAAAAUAA